GCAGAUUCCUACAGUCCAGAGUUGUUUGAUAAAAUAUUUGUUUAGCCCACUUUAGUGAGACAGUCUGUAGCUUUUGCAGAUAUCAUUGUUUGCAGAAUGAGGGUGGAGAGAUGAUAAGACAAGUACGGAAUGUAUUUCAGGGCUCCUGAGAUGUGUGAAGAAGGUGACUUGCCCACUUGAGGUGUGGUGUGUUAAUCUGUUCAGCCAUUUUAUUCUACUGUGGAAAGAGGCAUUGCAAUAAGCACUUGUUGUUAUCAUUUUUUCGGGAACAGUUCCAUUUUUGAAGUGUUUCCUGUAGAACAACAUCUUGAAAGUGAGCACUGUGAGCUGGAGGAACUGCUGUAAUCAUUUUAAAAAAUAGAAAUUGGGUUAUAAUAUUUUUAUUGUCCAGGAUCGCUAGAUUUAGCAGCAUGGGUGAUACCAGUACGGUUACUGGGGAGACCACAAUUGUGACUACAAUGAGAGCCACCACAGAAAACAGCACUGCAGGUUUAACUACAUCCAAAACUGAAGAAUGGUAUGAAACUGGAGCCUUCAAAGCAAGUGUAAUUGGGGGAACCCUUGUCCUCAUUGCCAUCAUCAUAAUUUUGGUGACCGUUUACAUAAUGCGAAAGAAGAAAAAUGGAAAUGAAAAAGAUGGAAACGAUACCUCUUCUAUCACCCCAGAUAACCUACACAUGUCAGAAGAUGGCACAGGGAGAAGGCUAUCAAAUUAUCAGAACUAUGGAUAUGCGUCUGAUGAAGAUGACAACAACAGUGGUGACUGGACAGGAAUGUCACCCAAUCGCCUACCACGACAUCCAUGGGAGACCCAAAUUCCUGACACCAUCCAUCCUCAUUCUCAAAAAGAUCGUGGACAUCUGCAAGGAUUACAUGGGGACAACAAUCACCGCAGUCAACCCAGAGACAUUUUCUACACCUCUCCUAAUGAAAGAUUUGAAAAUGAUAGAAACAGAAAUUUUGGCUACAAUAAACAACCAAUGAGAGGUUCACAGGGUGAAGAACAUUUCCAAGGCAGAGAUCGAAAUUCUCCUCCCCUUUCCUCGAGUCCUCGCCCAGACUUCUCCCACCAUAACUACAUGGGGGAAGUGGUUCCUCAGAAGAGGUUUUCCUAUUUGGAAGAAGGCUCACCCAUGCCUUCCCCCACAUACCCAUAGAAGAUCAGUCCUCGAACGUACCCCGUCUAAAAGAGAUCAGAGCUAUGGGAUUUCUCCACCAAAGAGAAGCUCCUAUGGGCAUGAUCCCAUGCUGCAUCAAAGUCCGCCAAGGCACGAAUUUGGCUAUGAUAUGCCCCCUCAAAAACGGGGCCAUCAUCCUGCUGAUCACCACCCACCAAUGAAUUAUAUACCAGAAGAAGGAGCAAGAGAGCAUGGGGGUCAGUCUCAUACAGGUCGUUCACCCCCUUCCAAAAAAGAAACUAUGUAUCCUGAAUCACCAGACUACCCAAGUUAUGGACAUGCUUAUGACGAUGAUGCUGCUCGAAUGCCCCAUUCUAAAAGAGGAUCUUCAUACCUUGACCCUCCACAUGUCAGAAGCCAUGGAUCUGCAUUUGGCAGUGGGAAUAACCAUGCUUCCCAUGAUCACCACAUGUCCUGGGAUCAACCACAUGACCUACGUGAACCAUCAAGGGAAAGGUACUCUAGCAAUAAGCGGGCUUCCCAAUUUGGCGACUCUUCCCACCCUGGGCAAGUGCAGGACAGAUACCCCGGUAAUAAGCGGGCUUCCCACUUUGAUGAUUCUUCCCACCCUGGGCAAGUGCAGGACAGAUACCCCAGUAAUAAGCGGGCUUCCCACUUUGAUGAUUCUUCCCACCCUGGGCAAGUGCAGGAUAGAUACCCCAGUAAUAAGCGGGCUUCCCACUUUGAUGAUUUUUCCCACCCUGGACAAGUUCAGGACAGGUAUCCCAGUAAUAAGCGGGCUUCAGCCUAUGGUGACCCAUCACACCCAGGCUACCAUGAUGAGUAUCAUUCUGGGAGGGAUUUGUAUCAUGGUGGCAAACCUCCCCACCAGGAACUGGACUCUAAUUGGCAAUUUGGCCCUAAUAUGAAUGGACAUUGGAGUUCAGGGAAGGUCCUAUACUAAGUAAUUUUUUCCUUAGCUAUGUGAUACAAAUUUAUCUAAUGCCUAGAUAGAAUAAAAAUAAGAAUUAUUUUACUACAUGGUCUUACUAUGGGAGAAGUGUAGGUGACAGGGUGGAGCGGCAGGGGCGGAUCCAGAGCCAUUUACUGACAGUCUUCCAAAUUUUCUUUGUUGAUUCAUCCUCCAAUUCUGACCGU